AUGGUGUUCGGUGAUACCAUCGCCGUUGCACUCAUGACGGCUAGGAAUCUAACCAAGGAGGAGUAUGCAGCUAAUCAUCCUGCUGGUCGGAUCGGCAAGAGCUUGAUCUUCAAGAAAAAAGAGCUUUUUGUUUGUAAAAAAGGAAACUUGAUCAUGGAUGAGUUAGUGGAGCUAACCAGCAAAGGAUGUGGGUGCUUGCUUGUGGUUGAUCAUGAUCAUCGCUUGAUGGAGAUCUUCGCCGGACUCUUAAAGCAAGUGGAGAAGCUAUCUUCAAACUCAGUGUUGGAGAAAUGUGCAACAGCUUUGUUUGAAUUUAUAAAAAGGAAGCCGAGGAAAAUUGGACCGGAGACAAUGGCGGUUGAAGCUAUGAAGAAAAUGGAGUCAUCUCCAUCGCCUCUGGUCUCUGUUCACGAAGCUGCCUCUAUGUCCGAGUUAUACGCAUAA